UAGUGCUGUAUGCGUUGAGUGCCGGUACGAGAAUUUGUAGGUUCCUGCAAGUGUACCACACAGACAUCUGCGUGACAACCCCUUGCUCAGCACCUUCUAACACCCAAAGGUCUGAAGGCACUCUUGGCAGCGAAAUGGCUUCGGGAUAUGAUCACAGUAUUGGAUUCCGCAUGGUUGAUGAAUACCUUGCAUUAUAUUGGAGCGGUGCUUCACCUGCAAUUCCUCCAUACUUUCUCCCGUCUGCUCAAAAAAAUGCCGGCAACACGUAUUCCGAGUCAAAUGCGUCUGCAAAUAAUUUGAACUCGCAGCAGUCAAAAGCUGCAGUUUCUUGCGUGGCUGACAGCAAACCACCCUCCACAGGCUCCUGGCAAAUGAGCAUUGAUGACUUUCCUGAUGAGAUACUGAUAAAGAUCUUCUCUCACAUGUCUUUCAAUGAGCUGGUACGUGUGGUACGGAAAGUGUGUCCUCGUUGGAAAAGGCUGUCGCAGGAUUCGGAGUUGUGGGCUGACAAAGAAUAUCAUAUCGGUUCUGAUACAACUGACAAGGAGGCGAUACAGACGUUCAACGACGUCCCGAACCUGCGUCACGUGAGCAUGCAGCGCAGUGCUACGUCCCGCGUCUUUCGUGCUCUCUACAACGGAUGCCCCAAACUCUUGGAGCUGCACCUGCAUGUCACCCAGGAGCUCAGCUACUCAGUGUUGAAGAACUUGGUUGAGAAGUGCUCCAAAAUACAAAAGCUGAGGAUAUCCAAUGAAUUGCUGAAGUCUGAGAAAUUUUCGGAGGCGGUGUCACAACUGCAGCAUCUCCGUGUGCUGAAUCUGGAAGUACACUUUGCCGAAAGCACUCCCGUGUUGCGACCUUUGGGUGAUGGAUGCCCACAACUAAGCGAGGUUGACUUCGGAUUCUCAGUUCUCGAUAUGGAUGAUCUGAGGUACUUCCUGAAUGCCAAGAGGAACACCCUGAAGGCCAUAUGCAUAAAGUGUGCUGUGGUUGGAAGAAAGUCUGUCCUGCCAUUAUUGACUGUCUGUGCUGACAGCUUGGAACGUCUGCAGCUUUUCUAUUUCUACAUAGUCCACGAUGGAGCAAGGCAGGCAUUUACUGCUGUGGGGCAGCUGAAGAACUUGAAGGAACUUAAGAUGCCGAUGCUUGAACCGUUACCACCUGGCGUAGCUUCUCUGGCAUUUACCACUGGUGGGCUACCAAAACUGAGAGUGCUGGAUCUACGAGAAGGGUUUGGCCUGGACGAUGAGACGUUAAUUGCCAUAAGUCGCGGCUGCCCUGCUUUGCGGAAACUCAUUGUCAGAAACGGUCGGCUGUUAACUGAUGUUGCUUUCUCCGAGAUCUACCGUCUGGAAUAUCUUGAAACACUGGACGUGUCGGGCUGUACAGGUCUUGUUGGAGCCCUAAUCCCCUACCUCACUGGACUACACCGACUUCAGACUUUAAUAAUGGAAGACAUGGAGUUUCAAGAGUUGCAACCAGGUCUGAGCAGUAUUGUCGAACUAACAAGUUUGCGCUGCCUGACACUCUGCUAUUCUUUUGUUACUGGAGUGCCGUUUGACAAGUUUCCAGGAAAACUUGUCAAUCUCAGGCAGCUGAGAAUCCGAGGGUGUCAGGGUGACCCUAGAUCCAUUGACGGGCUGGAAGAGCAGAUGCCCAAUCUUAAAAUCUACGGCAACUUUGAAGCGGACGAACCGUCUUAUCUCAUGGAAGAUCAUAAGCAUGAUGCGGAUCUUGCAGAAAAUGAAGAGAAUGUGGAGCCUAAUGCUGCAGACAAAGCGCAGGAUGGAACUUCGGAGAAUGACAGAGACAGUGACGCUGAUAGUAUCAGCAGCAGUGAUAGUGAGAGUUACAAUAAUAUUUGGGAUGAAAGCAGCAUAUCUGUCCUUUUCUCAGAGGAUAUGUAAAAGUGAUAUGCUAUUUAUAUGGGAAUAUGAAUCUCAGUACCGAAUCAAACACCUGAAACUCCAGGUUGGAAUUUCAACAGUAUUAGGAAAAGAUAGAUUGCUACUCACCGUAAAGAUGAACCAUUGAGAUCCAGACAGGCACAAUGAAAAAACUGUUGCACAUUAUAGCGCUCAGCCAAAGCCUUCGUCACACACACACACACACACACAC